UGUCGCCUAAACCCUCACCGUUCUGAUUCUUCCACGACGGGAAAUUUUGCUCUGUCGAACCAAAGCCCUAGCGUGGAGAACAGAACCAUCAAGGAGCCAUUUCUGCUGUUUCGCCUCUACUGCCGUUUCUUGACUCCAUUGAGCCGAAAAACAAAUGGGACGAAAUGUAUCAGAUGAUUCAGAAUCUCCAAUUAGGGUGAGGCGGUCUUCUCCUAGAAGGAGUCCAUCCCGCAGAGGAAGGUCACCUACACGGCACAAGAGCUCCCGUAAUAGCAGUUCUCCAGUAAGAGACAAACAUUCUAGUCAUGCUAAAUCUCCAAAGCAUAAGAGGUCAAGUUCUCCACGAACUCGAUCUCCUUCUCCAAGGACAAAACGGUUGAGGAGAGCUGCUGAAAGAGCUCCAGAGAAAUCAAGUGAUAGAGAUUCUGAAAGGAACCGAGGGAGGGGUAAUGAUAAAGAAGGUCAUCGGGAAAGAGUCUCUGACAGGGAAUUAGGGAGCGAGAGAAAGGAGAGGAGUUCUAGACAGGAUGUUAAGGAUGGAAAAUCUUCCAGGUCCAGACAUGGGAAUUCUUCUUCUCCAUCAGAACGCCACCAUAGGAGCCGCCAUAGGUCCCCAUCGCCCCAGCCUGGCUCUGAUGCCAAAAAUCAUGAUGAGGGGAGAAAUUCAAGAAGGGCUGAAAGCCGGAGUGAUGACGAUGAUUCAGUGGCAAAGAUGAAGGCUACGGAGGAAGCCUUAGAAGCUAAGCAGAAGGACAAACCUUCUUUUGAGCUAUCCGGAAAGCUUGCAGCAGAAACUAAUAGAGUAAGAGGUAUUACGUUGCUGUUUAAUGAACCUCCAGAUGCUAGAAAACCUGAUGUAAGAUGGCGGCUGUAUGUUUUUAAGGCUGGAGAAGUGCUGAAUGAACCUCUUUACAUACAUCGUCAAAGUUGUUACCUUUUUGGGAGAGAAAGAAGAGUCGCGGACAUACCUACUGAUCAUCCGUCCUGCAGCAAGCAACAUGCUGUCAUCCAGUUUCGGCAAGUAGAAAAGGAGAAGCCUGAUGGUACAAUGUCGAAGCAAGUAAGGCCUUAUUUGAUGGAUCUAGGAAGCACAAAUAAGACUUAUAUCAACGAAUCUGCAAUUGAACCUCAACGUUACUAUGAACUUUUUGAAAAAGACACUCUGAAGUUUGGCAAUAGUAGUCGAGAAUAUGUAUUGUUGCACGAGAAGUCAGCUGGAUGAUAAGCCUCGAAUUCAAUUCAGUGUGUCAGUCAAUUCGUCCAGUUCGAGGCCUUAGAGAUGUUUCCAUCUUCAGGAUGUCGUGAGUAAUUGACCAACCAUUCUAGAUUUGUCUUUGUAAUCAAUAUCUUCAAAGAAAGUAUUUUUAUGCUGUAUGUCCUAUUAACCAUGUCUUGAACUGAAAAAUUAUGCAUUUUGAAGUCUUUUAAUAGUAAAAUUUUGAUUGCUCUUGACUA